UCAAUUAAUUCCACGAUCGAUAAAAUCGAUCAGGCUUUCUUCGAUCUCGUGAUGUGAAUUUUUCGCUUCGAAGUGCUUUCGAGAUUAUCCCGUUCCCUUUGGUGUUCCGGAGUCGCUCGGAGUCGUUGGGAAAUUGUGCAGAGCGUUCGGGAGGAGAAUACUCGAUCCGGCCGAUAAUGGAUGGAGGUGAACGCGCAAGUACAUUUCGCGGAACGAGUACCAGCGACGAGUACGAACGACGAGCAAGACGGCUUUGCAUAAUCCGCCGCGCGCCGACCUGCCUCGUCGAGAGAGAAGCGGAGGACGGGAUGAUUCCACACGGCGCGACGAGGAUCGCAUUUUUAUUACGACGGUCGAUCGCGCGAUCGGUUGGUCCUCGGUAGAGAAGAGCGAGAACGAGAGAAUCCCGCAGAGGAGAUCUGGUCGCGUGGCACGGAACGAACGAAUGAACUCUCGUCGUCGAUUCCGCGAGACUGAAAAAUCGUGGACUGGUCGCCGCUACAAGGAGAGGAGAUCUUUCUUUUCUUUUUUCUUUUCCGCCUUCGUUCCCUUUUUACGGCGUCGCGCGCGCAAUGCGGACUACCAGGGGGAAGGAAGUGCAUCUCGUCGAAACCGGAGCAAGGUGAUUAAUCACCCGCCGCUGCGGAUGCAUUGACCAGUCGAUGCAGCUGCACCCGCGUGCCGCGACUCGCCCACGCAAUCUUCUCAGUCUCGUCUCGCAGCCGAUCGGGAAUGCAUGAGAAUCGCGCGGCGUAGGGCAGCCUUUCGGACGACAAAAUAAAAUCUGUGCCACGUAGAUGCGAGAGAAUCGAGAAGAAACGAGAUAGCUCGACGACAACGACGUAUGACCCAGAUGUAUAGGAAACAAUCGCAAGCAAAAGCGACAAUAAUGACGACGCUAGAGAUAAGUGUGGAAUCCAGACAAUAAAUAUAUAAGACUGAUAUCGCGCCCCCGAGGAAAGGAUAACACUGCCCAUGUGGGAAGGAGAUAGCAACGUAUCGAUUGCACGCGCGAAAUAUCCUCUGUUGUUCCCGCGUGGAGGAGACGCUCGUUUCUCGAGAAACUUCACUCCUUCGUGUACCUUUCCGCGAAGACAGAGCACUUCGAAAACACCUGGGACACUUCGAAUAUCGACUAGCUAGCGAACGAAGAGAAGAGGUAUGGAAAUCGUGAGACCCACCGAUCGCGACUCUGUGAAGAUCUCCGUGACACGCUAAUUCCUAGGCGAGGACAGUGGCCGACGAAGAUACGAAGAAGAGAUGUCACUGAAUCACAGAUAUUACGUAACAACGAUACCCGACGAGGGCGAGGACAAUUUUAAAAUGCCCAGAGCUUCCGUGGUACACAUGACGUCGACGGCAACGAGGCCGCAUCACAUGUCACAAGUACUGGCGACCCUGGCACUAUCUAUGGGAACUCUCUCCUCCGGUUUGGCCAAGGGUUACACCUCGCCCGCGUUAGACUCCAUAUUGGAUAAUCAACCGCCCCAUCUUUAUCAAUCACCCAACAAUGACACGUGGUUGGCUUUUUCGGUUACGCAACAGGAAGCUUCGUGGGUUGCAUCGCUGUCCAUGCUGGGCGCAUGGUUCGGUGCCAUGAUCGGUGACUGGAUAAUGCGGAGAGGUCGUCGUUUGGCCUUACGCAUGACAUCCUUGCCUCUGGCAGGAGCCUGGGUCUUAACGGGCGUCGCACCGUGCGUGGAGUUGGUGUACGUCACGAGUUUCAUCGGCGGGCUUUGCUGUUCAGUCAUCACCAUGGUGGCGCAGGUGUACAUAUCGGAAAUCUCGAUGCCGGGUAUUCGCGGAUGUUUGUCAGCGAUGUUGAAGGUGCUCGGUCACGUUGGUGUCUUGCUGUCGUACAUAGCCGGCACAUAUCUGAAUUGGCGGCAAAGCGCACUACUAGUGGCCGUCGCGCCGUCAAUGCUCUUUUUGGGGACCCUCUUUAUACCCGAGACACCAUCGUAUCUCGUACUAAACGGCAAAGAUGACGAGGCUGCCAACAGUUUGCAGUGGCUGCGCGGAGAACACGUUGAUAUAAGACACGAAUUGCAGGUCAUCAAAACGAAUAUUCUGGCUUCGAGGGCUAAGCAGUACGAGCUAAGUUUUAAGAACAGCAUGUUUACACCGAGACUAUAUAAACCCAUUGCUAUCACGUGCGGUCUGAUGUUCUUCCAACGAUUCUCCGGCGCGAAUGCGUUUAAUUAUUAUGCGGUACUUAUUUUUCGUCAAACCCUAGGUGGAAUGAAUCCUCACGGAGCGACCAUAGCGAUCGGAUUUGUACAGCUAUUGGCUUCUUUACUGUCAGGAUUUUUGAUUGAUAUAGUCGGCAGACUACCGCUUUUGAUAGCCAGCACCGUUUUCAUGUCAUUGGCGCUCGCCGGUUUCGGCAGCUACGCGUAUUAUGUGUCUCAAACGCAAAAUCUUGGCUACGUGGACUCGGCGGUGGUGGGCCAACAUGACUGGAUACCGCUACUCUGCGUACUCGUGUUUACGACCGCUCUCGCCCUGGGCAUAUCGCCAAUUUCUUGGCUAUUGAUUGGCGAACUAUUUCCGCUGGAGUACCGCGGCCUCGGCUCUAGCAUUAGCACGAGCUUUAGCUACUUUUGCGCGUUUUUCGGGAUCAAGCUCUUUAUGGACUUCCAGCAGAGUCUCGGUCUACAUGGAGCCUUUUGGUUUUAUGCCGCCGUGGCGGUCUGCGGACUGUGCUUCGUAGUCUGCUGCGUGCCUGAGACGAAGGGCAAGCAGCUGGACGAGAUGAAUCCGGAUUAUGCGCAAGCACGGUAGUAUAAGGCCUCGCUGACGGGGGGUCUCUCGAACUUAGAGAAGGCGAACAAGCCUUUACCGGGUGGUGCUUAUCCGAACGAGCACGAUCCGCGGGAUCUCUACCGCAACGAUCCGUCAAUAGCGACUUCCAGCAUCGCGAUGCCGUCUGCGCGCGUCGCUCACCGCAAAUUGUCGGAUUACUGCGGUAUCUUCGCCGAGAAGACCAAUAGAAUCGGUAGAAAUGUG